UUCAGUUUUCGACUUACCAUGUAUCACCUGCGUAGAAAGCUGCAAGAAAUUGGAGAUGCGAUCAAUGCUUGGACACAACGUCACCCGAUCCUUCACAUCACAUCUGUGACCGCUUUGGGUAUCAUCUGGUUAGUCAUCCUAUUGUCCAGCCAACUACCCAAGAGUCACUGGUUGCCCUGGAAGGAGCGCGAGGAAUGCGGACAAGCUUCUCGCCUCCGAAUCCUGCUCUGGUCGCCCUCGCUUCAUCGACACGGCGCGGAGACGUUGAACAACAGUGAGUCCCAUAUCGACAGCCUCGACAAGGGUUGCCACGUCACAGAGGACCGCGGCCUUGUCUACCACAGCGACGCCAUCGUAUUUGACGCCAACAGUUUUCGUUCAGACGACUUUCCUACUUACCGGCACCAAGGGCAAGCGUGGGUCUUCUGGGCGACUGAUUCUCCCGAUGGAGCGGCUUCGCGAUACCUGCCACGCACGGCUCCACCAUUCAACUGGACCAUGGGCUUCAGGCAGGACGCAGACAUCGUACUCCCUUACAGAAUCUGGACAAGAAUAGCUGAACCAGUCACGGAUACCCAGCAUGAUCUUCCCAGUGUCUAUAUCAACAAAACGAAAAACGCCGUUUGGUUGAUAAGCGAGUGCGAGCAAGAUGAACUCGAGCAUCCGAGAGGCCCCGAGAACAGUCGCUGGCGUGGCACCGAACGCUUUGUCAAAGAACUCUUGGACGAGAUGUACGUCGACCUCAUCCCCAAGUGCGGCGCUGAAUAUUGCAGUUCCCGUGACGAAUGCUUGAGCAUCUUCCAAGAGGCCUAUUUCUUCAUCUUCGUAAUGGAGUCGUCUCCCUGCUUCCAGCAUCCCGCCGAAAUGAUUUACGACGCGCUUAAGUAUACCAUCGUGCCGGUAUAUUUUGGUAUGGCCAGUUUUGGGACGUCACUGCCGCCACAUUCCUUUCUUGAUACUACAGGAAUGAAGGACGCGAAAGGCAUCGUCAGUGGUCUUGGCAAGGUUCGCAGUUUGCUUAAAUUAUACUCUGCUUUCUUUUUGCGGCGAAGUCACUACCAGGUUAAAGUGCCAUCGAACAACCUGGACGCCUUGUGUCGCGCGCUGCAGAUUCAACUGAUAAAAAGUAGCUACACCGAUAUCGUUUCUUGGUGGCUAGGCCGCGCGACAUGCCCUGCCUUUACACAGACUUACAGUCCAAGCACUACGGAAACUAACGAUUAUACCGAACGCUCAAGUUCAUUGCGAGGCCUGUAACUCAGUUUUUGUAGACAGCUAAAUAGCACAUAGCUUUUAUUUACAUGCGUCACCAUAUAUAAUGUGUCGUGUGUAUGCUGUCAGCGUCGCUUUUUUUUUCAGUAUGCUAUCAACUAUACAGCAGCUUUGCGCGUCUUUUCUUUUUUAAUAAACAUGCCUGCAAAUGCUU